AUUUCGUAAAACACCUUGCAACAUAUAUGCGAAUGUAGGAGACAGCCCCUGACAACUUCAGUAAGAAGGCUUGCGAAAUGUCGAACGUGCUGCCGCAACGUCUUAGCCAGAGGCGGGUUGUACCGACAACUCGUAGUCCAUAUCAAUGUGCGAGAUCAAGACGCAUUGUCUUGGUUCAAGCACGAAGCAAGGCGUCUGAAGCAGUAGUAUUAGUAGGAGACAUCGGCGGAACAAAUGCCCGUCUGUCUGCCUGGCGAGCCGAUUUGGCUAGCCCAUCGGCGUCUGAGCUUUUUGCGAAGACCUACCCAACCGCUGACUACGACGCAUUCGACCACGUCGUGGAGGAAUUCCUGUCGGAGCCUUCUGUCCGCAGCAGCCCUCCCCAAGCAGCUGCGCUAGCAAUCGCCGGCGCCGUCAGCAACAACAGGUGCAACAUGACCAACGUGCGCUGGCUGGUGGACGGUGACGCCCUGACCGCCAAGCAUGGCUUCCGCGUGGCGCUGCUGAAUGACUUCGAGGCGGUGGGCUACGGCAUCCCCGCGCUGCCGGAGGAGGACCUGGAGGUGCUCAACGAUGUGCCCGUGCAGCCGCAGGCUCCCAAGGUGGUCAUGGGGCCGGGCACGGGGCUGGGUGCGGCUCAGCUGAUGUGGGAUUGUGGGCUGGGGGCGUACCGCGUAUGGCCAGGCGAGGGCGCCCACGCCACCUUUGCGCCACGCGGCUGGAAGCAGCAGGCCCUGGCGCAGUUCGUGACAGACAAGUACGGACACUGCGAGAUUGAGCAGGUGGCGUGCGGCAGCGGUCUGGAGCUGAUCUAUGAGUUCCUGGCAUCAGACGAGCCCGCCAACCGCCCCCACCUGCUGGCAGCAGCGGGCGCGCCGGGAGCAAAGGGAGGCAAGAAGCGUGCUGCGGAGAUCAGCGCCGCCGCACUGACCGGCAGCGACCCGCUGGCGGAGGAGGCAGUCGACCUGCUGUUCGCAAUCGUGGGGGCGGAGGCGGGGGCCAUGGCACUCAGGAGCCUGGCUAAAGGCGGCGUCUACAUCGCGGGUGGCAUCACACCCAAGCUGCUGCCCCGCGUGCGCCAGGGCUCCCUGCUGGAGGGGUUCCUCAUGCGGUCCGGCCGCCCGCCCUUCCACAAGCUGCUCACCCACACCCCGUUGUUCGUCAUCACGAAUGAGAAGGUGGGGCAGAUCGGCGCACGGGAGGUGGCGAAACGGCUGCUGGCGGGGUCGUUUGGUGGCUCGUGAGGCGCGAGGAAGACACGCAAAGAGGGAGGAGCGGGAGGAGGAGGAAAGGAAGGAGGAGGAGCAGAGGGGGCGCGAAAGGGUGGUGGCGGUGCGGGGGUUGUAAGGGAAGGAGCUGACGUCCUGGAUGCAUAUGCAUACACGUCCGACCAUCCUGCUAAGGAGUAGGGCCUUAGGCAUUGAAGGGAGGCCAUGUCGAUCUAGUUUACGUGGAUUGUUUUGAGUGGCAAACGGCCGCCUGCUAUUCAGCAAGACGAUGACGGGGCAUCGUGCUGCAUCUACGAGCGUAGCCGGUUACUGUUUAGGCGCCACAUUGUUGCAAAGCCGAGGAACCCGAAGCUGCACACCACUACCAGCUGCAGGUAGGGGCUGUAGGGCGAUUCCCGAGGUCAUGUGCAGGAAGGCGGCGGGGGCGGGCAUGCGCACUUGCGCAGAGGCAGGAUGAUUGGCGGGGCGGGGGCCCAGGAAGGUCAUCAGCUAGCAGGCGGGCGGGCGGGCGGCGUGCCACCGAGAGGGUAGAUGAGCAGUCGCAGCGUGAUCCCGCACCCACAUGUGCAGGAGGGGCGAGCGGAGCCACGGGGACCAAAGAGGGUCCUCAUCCCGAACCCCACUGGCAUCCACCAACAGGCUGAGCUGUUAUCGGUUUGCAGCCAGCCAAGCCAGCCCUUUGAUUGAAGGGGCGCUGGCAGGGCCAUUUUGCAGGGCCAGUUGCUGCAGGGUUGUUGCCGUACGUCGCUGCAGGGUUCAUUGCUGCAGCUGUUGCCUAGUAAAGCCGGAUUGUAACAAUUGUAAGGAGUUGCAA